CCGCCGCCGCCGCCGCCGCCGCCGCCGCGGGCGACAAAAAACCGAGCGUGUCCUGGCUCACGAAGCACGUCAAGAACAUGGGAUGGGGCGACGAGGAAGGCGUCGGGGAAAGCGGCGCCGCGGGCGACGCCGACGGCGCGGGCGACGACGCGCUCGAGCCAGACGAGGUCGCCGCCGCCGCCGCCGCGUCGCUCGCGGGCGUCAGCGCGGUACGAGCCGCCGCCGACGCCGCCGCCGCCGCCGAAGCCGCCGCCGCCGACUCCGAACGUCUCCUCGCCGCGGAGAAGCGCAAGCGCGCGGACCCGAAGUGGAUCGCGAUGCAGGCGAAGCGCAGAGAGCUCCCCGCGCACGCUAUGCGCGCGGAGGUGCUCGCGUGCAUCGCGUCCGGCCCCGCGUCCGUGGUCAGCGGCGCGACCGGGUGCGGCAAGAGCACGCAGGUGCCGCAGUUUCUCCUCGAAGACGCGAUCCGCGCGGGGAGAGGCGGCGAGUGCUCCGUGAUCAUCACGCAGCCGCGACGGCUGAGCGCGAUCGCGGUCGCGGAACGCGUCGCGAGCGAGCGGUGCGAGCGCAUCGGCGACGUCGUCGGGUACUCCAUACGUCUGGAGUCGAAGCAGAGCGCGAGGACGCGUCUGUUGUUUUGCACCACGGGGAUACUCCUCCGUCGGCUGCAGAGCGACCCGGAUCUGGUCGGCGUCACGCACGUCGUCGUGGAUGAAGUCCACGAGCGCGACCUCUUGUCCGACUUCCUCCUCGUCAUACUUCGCGCGCUCGCGAAGCGACGGAAGGACCCGCCGUUUCGCGUCGUCGCGAUGAGCGCCACCGUGAACGCGGAGUUAUUCCAGACGUACUUUGAACGCGUCUUGGACGACGGCCCGUGCAGCGCGGUGGAGAUCCCGGGGAGGACGUUCCCCGUCGCGGAGUACCGCCUCGAGGACGCGAUCGAGGCGACCGGGUACGUGUGCGAGCCCGACGGCGAGUACGCGUUGGCCGCGCGCGCCGCGAUCGGAGACUCCCUCGAGAAGUCGUCGAUGCUCGAGGACGUCACGGAAGAAACGCGCGCGAUGUACCCCGGGUACAGCGAGUCCACGAUGCGAUGCCUGCAGACGAUCGACGAGGACGUCAUCAACAUGGAGCUCAUCGAGUCGCUCAUCGCGCACAUCGCGGACGAGUACGAAGACGGCGCCAUCCUCGUGUUUCUCCCGGGCAUGGCGGAGAUCCGAGGGCUGCACGAGCGCCUCGUCUCCAACCUGGACGACGUCGAGACGCGGUUCACGCUGAUACCCCUGCACUCGACGUUAUCCAGCGAAGAACAGCGGCUGACGUUCAGCGUGCCCCCGCCCGGCGUCCGGAAAAUCGUCAUGGCGACGAACAUCGCGGAGACGUCCAUCACCAUCGACGACGUCGUGUUCGUGAUCGACGCCGGACGCGUUCGCGAGACGCGGUACGACCCGGCGUCGCGGAUGUCCUCGCUCGUCACCGCGUGGUGCUCCAAGGCGUCGAGCCGGCAGCGGCGCGGGCGCGCGGGGCGCGUCCGCGAGGGGUACUGCUUCCACCUGUACUCGUCGAGGAAAGAACGCGAGCUCGCCGCGUUCACGACGCCGGAGAUUUUACGCACGCCGCUCGACGCGCUGUGCCUCCAGAUUAAGGUGUUGAAGCUCGGGGACGUGCGCGAGUUUCUGUCGCAGGCGAUCGAGCCGCCGCCGGAGGAGUCCAUCGCGUCCGCGCUCGCGUCGCUCGCGGAGCUCGACGCGGUGGACGCCUCGGACGAGCUCACGCCGUUGGGGCGGCACCUCGCGGAGCUGCCGGUGGACGCGCGGCUCGGGAAGAUGAUUCUCUACGGCGCGAUGUUCUCGUGUCUCGACCCGGUGUUGACGAUCGCCGCGAGCGUGGGGUUCCGGUCGCCGUUCCUCGCGCCGAUAGACAAGAGGGACGAGGCGGACGAGGCAAAGCGGAAGCUCGCGGGCGCGGGGGCGAGCAGCGAUCACCUGACGCUCGUGAGGGCCUACGCGGGGUGGAUCCGAGCGCGCGCGCGGGGGCGCGGGUUCGAGCGCGAUUUUCUCUCCAAGACGUUCCUCAGCGCGCAGACGCUGAAGCAGAUCAGCGAGAUGCGGCAGCAGUACGUCCAGCUUCUCGAUCAGAUCGGGUUCUUGAGGAGCGGGACCGGGAUCGGCGACGGCGCUUCGCUCGACGCCGCCGCCGCGCCGUUCGUCCCCGGAGGAGGACACCGUCCUCCGCCUCCGCCUCCGCCGCGCGGGGGUCGAGCCCCCAACGACCGCGACCGACACCGCGGCGGUCGGUCGACGCGCGCCGCCGCCGCCGCGCUCGAACUCGCGUCCGCGAACGCGACGAACGAACCCCUCGUGCGCGCGGUCAUAUGCGCCGGUCUGUACCCUAACGUCGCGCUCGCGGAGCCCAAGACCGCGGAGACGUCGCGACCGGGCCGCGGCGGCCGCGGCGGCGCCCAGACCAAAAUCUCCGUGCGCACGAAGGGCGACGGCGAGGUGUCGCUGCAUCCGACGUCGAUAUGCUUCGGCGCGUCCGCGUUCGAGCACCGGUUCCUUCUGUACCACGAGAAGGUGCGAACGACGAAGGUAUACAUACGCGACGCGACGAUGGUCGGCGCGUACCCGCUGUUGCUCUUCGGCGGCAAAGUGAAGGUGGAUCACGAGCGAUCGAGCGCCAGCGUGGACGGAUGGAUCCGGUUCAGAGCCGCGCCGCGCGUCGCGGUGCUGUUCAAGGCGCUGCGCGCGGAGCUGGACGGGUUGUUGAUGCGGAAGAUAGCGUCCCCGGAGCUGAACAUCGCGGCGAAGAGCGGCGAUUUAGUCAGACAGAUCGUGGAGUUGUUGGAGAACGAGGACGACGCGACACGCGCGGCGAAGAAAGAGGCGCGAGACGCGGAGGCGGCGACGCGAGCCGCGGCCGAGGCGACGAACGACGAUUGA